AUGACCACUACGAACGGCAUCAACGGCACCAACAGUGCCAGCCGCGGGCUGCCGCAUAGCCCACCUCACGCCGCCACCGCCCUCUCAGCGACCGAGCUGAUCGGCAACACGCCGCUGGUGCGCCUGAACAAGAUCCCGCAGUCGCUGGGCUUCGAGUGCGAGGUCUACGCCAAGGUCGAGCUCUUCAAUGCGGGCGGCUCGGUGAAGGACCGCAUCGCGCUGCGCAUGGUCGAGGCCGCCGAGAAGAGCGGCCGCAUCAAGCCCGGCGACACGCUGAUCGAGCCGACGAGCGGCAACACGGGCAUCGGGUUGGCCCUGGUCGGCGCCAUCAAGGGCUACCACACCAUCAUCACCCUGCCCGAGAAGAUGUCGGCCGAGAAGGUGUCGGUGCUCAAGGCCCUGGGCGCCACCAUCAUCCGCACCCCCACCGCCGCCGCUUGGGACAGCCCCGAGAGCCACAUCGGCGUCGCGCGCCGCCUCGUCAAGGAGAUCCCCAGCGCCCACAUCCUCGACCAGUACUCCAACGAGAACAACCCGCUCGCCCACGAGUUCGGCACCGCCGAGGAGAUCUGGGCCCAGACUGGCGGCAAGAUUACGUGCGUGGUGGCGGGCGCUGGCACGGGCGGUACCAUUACUGGGUUGGCUAGGGGCCUGCGCAAGCGCAAGAGCGACGUCAAGGUCGUGGCGGCCGACCCGCAGGGCAGCAUCCUCGCGCUGCCCGAGAGCCUGAAUGAGGCGCACCGCGACGAGCCCUACAAGGUCGAGGGUAUCGGCUACGACUUCAUCCCCGAGGUGCUGGACCGCGAGGUCGUCGACAAGUGGUACAAGACGGACGACACGGAAUCGUUCAAGCUGGCGCGCCGCCUCAUCGCCGAGGAGGGGCUGCUGGUCGGCGGCAGCUCGGGCAGCGCCAUGGCUGCCGCGGUGCAGGCGAUCAAUGACCUGGGGCUCGGCAAGGGCGACGUCGUGGUCGUGAUCCUGCCCGACAGCAUCCGCAGCUACCUGACCAAGUUCGCCGACGACGACUGGCUCGCCGCCAACGACCUGCUGCCACCGACGGACGAGGAAGUCCAAGAGGCCGUGCUGAACGGGAGCGACGAUACAAAUGGAAAGAAGGCGCCGAAGAAGACCCAACAGGACCCCUACGCCGGCGCUACGGUCCGUUCCCUGCGCCUCAAGCCCGUCAUCUCCGUGGCGGCCGACAGCACCUGCGCCGAGGCCAUCGAGACGAUGCGCGACAAGGGCUUCGACCAGCUGCCUGUGCUGUCCUCCCCAUCGUCCUCAUCGUCGGGCGGCAGCAAGCUGGUCGGGCUAGUCACUCUCGGCAACCUGCUGAGCUACAUCUCGCGCGGGCGGGCGACGGGCCAGACCCGUGUCGGCGACGUUAUGUUCGACUUUGGCCGGAUGGAUGAGGUGGUGACGGACCCGCGCGAGGGCAAGGGCGGCCGGAGGCGCAAGUUCGUCGAGAUCACGCUGGACACGCCGCUCGCGGAGCUCGGCAACUUCUUCAAGUGGAAUAGCGCGGCUGUUGUCACGGACGGGAGCGGGAAGGGCAGGGCGCUGAGAAAGCCCGUGGCGGUUGUCACGAAGGUGGACUUGUUGACUUGGAUGGUGAAGCAGGUCAAGGCGUAA